AGAAAAACAGGAAAUCCGAAACUAAAUGUUCGGGGCUUUUCAAGGCAAAGGUGGCUAAAUUUCGGAGAUAAAACCCGGGCUUCCACCAAUUCAAAGUUAUUUCUACUGCACCAGGAGGCGCGUGGCUGUGUGCUCGCAACAGUUUAGCUUCGAUUUGGCACUCAAACACUGUACAGAUGGCUUGCUGUGAAAGCAAUAAGGGGAGUUUGGAGGAGGACAGCUAUGACGGACCAGUUGGACCUCUAUCCGAAUGUGCCUUGUUAAUGCAGGAAAAAGAAAGGGAAUCCCUUUUAAGCCCAUCGGAGAGUCCUGGCACUUUAAUGAACAGCUCAUCUAGUAGUCUUCAGAACACUGCCCCACUUCAGGGUUAUGAUGUGGAAUUUGACCCACCCCUUGAGAGUAAGUAUGAGUGCCCAAUCUGCCUGAUGGCCUUAAGAAAUGCCAUUCAAACACGGUGUGGUCACCGAUUCUGCAAGAGCUGCAUUGAGAAGUCUAUUCGUGAUGCAGGACAGCGGUGCCCUGUGGACAAUGAAAUGCUGUCAGAAGACCAACUGUUUCCUGAUAAUUUUGCCAAAAGAGAGAUUCUAUCGCUAACUGUUCGUUGUCCAAACUCUGGCUGCACUGACAAAAUGGAGCUCCGACAUUUAGAGAAUCAUUUGGCUGUGUGUCAGUUUGCCACUGUGCCUUGUCCGCAGUGCCAGCAGCCUAUAAGAAAGGGCUACCUAGAGGAGCACAAAACUGUUGAGUGCCAAAGAAGGCCCAUGUCUUGCCCAGACUGUGUGGCAUCCUUUGUUUUUGAGGAUAAAGAGCUACAUGAGCAGCAGUGCCCAUUUGCCAGCGUGAGGUGCCAAUACUGUGAGAUGGAUCUGAUCAGAGACCAGAUGGAAUCCCAUUGUGAUAUAGAUUGCCCAAAAGCCCCCAUUGCCUGUAACUUUAGCAUGUUUGGCUGUAAGGAGAGGAUGCAGCGACAUGACCUGGCUCAGCACAUGCAAGAGUUCACACAGAUGCACAUGCGUUACAUGGCGGAGUCCUUGCGUGGCCUCAGUCUCAAUGGCACGUCGCCCAAACCUCUCAGAACUCUAGGGCCGUCCAUUUUGGCCGAGGAUAUUGGCGCUGCAGCACCAGCGGCAGCCUGCGGCGGGCUCAGAGGAGCUGUGAGCUGCAGCAUCAGCUCCGCCGCACCCCAGCCCACCGAUGAGAUGCAGAGGAUCAGAGAGAUGGAUGGGCGAUUGGUGAAGCAGGAUCACCAGCUGCGUGAGCUCAUCAUACUGAAAGAGACACAAGCAGGGCAGCUUGCGGAGCUGCGUCGUAGGGUCUCAAUGCUGGAGGAAACCGUGAAGGAGCUGGAGGCCCAGCAGUGCCACGGCAUCUUCAUCUGGCGCCUCAGAGGUUUCUCUACCCUCCUGCGCAACCAAGAAGCAGGCAUGACAGUGGUCGAGCACAGCCCUGGCUUCUACACAGGCCGUCCAGGCUACAAGUUAUGUCUGCGCUUACACCUGCAGACGCCCAACGCCCCACGCUGCUCCAACUUCAUCUCCCUUUUUGUCCACACUAUGCAAGGAGCUUUUGACGGGCAGCUGACUUGGCCUCUUCAAGGAACGAUCCGGCUUGCCAUCUUAGACCAGGGACCCGAGUGUCAGCAUCACAUGGAGGUCAUGGAGACAAAGCCAGACCUGCAAGCCUUCCAGAAACCUGUGAUUGCACGCAAUCCUAAAGGAUUUGGCUACGUCACUUUUUUGCAUCUGCAACAGCUGAGUCAGAAAGCUUUUUUGAAAGAUGACACUCUGCUGAUCCGCUGCGAGGUGACGCCACGCUUUGAUAGCACGUUUCAUCGGGAGGGCGCAGCCGUGCAGCCAAGAGGACCUGAAGCAUCGAUUUCAAAAGAAUAAGGUCAAGCUUCUUUAUUUGGGAUUGGUGUCAUUUCGACUGUAUAGAGCACAAGUACCAGUGUUUCAGUAUUGCCUGUUUAUCAUAAAACAUACACAGCAGAAAAGAGAAAAUCAAACCACGCUUUCAUUCAUCAAAGUGAGUUUUCUGGUAUUUAUUUGUUCUCCAAUGUCUGAAUCUUUGUUGUUUUCAUGAAUGUCUUUUAAGGGAAUCUAUGUCUUCCUCUGAAAACCUGAUCUGAUUUAAUCUUGCAGUUUGUUAGAUGCAUGGGAGUGGGUUUGGUACGAUUUGAAGCAAUGUGCUUCUAAGUAACAGCAUAAAAUUAGUGGAUUACCACUUUGAUGCAGAUUUGAACUUUGUGGAAGAUAAUUCUAGUUAUCUUUUAUCACAGCUUUAAUAUUUAAUUUACAUUUCAACUACUAUUACUCUUAGUAUGUAUUAACCUUUGAUUCUAAUCAAUACUUUACAAAACCUAUUGUUAUUUCCCCGGUUAUCUCUAACAGAUUUCUUUAGAAGUGAGAAGGCAUGUUGGAACUGAGCUUUUUUUCCCCCAAGUUACAAGUAAAAGCAUAAAAAAUGCGUUCAGCUCUAAAUCUGAGCAUAGUUGACUUUUACUCAAAAUGAGGAGUCUGCCUUCUAAAUUCAACGCAUUUAUAUUUAUGAUGUGAACUUGAUAAAUCUUAAUAUUAUGUGCCUGUGUAAAGUUCAUCUUAGUCCGUAAUUUCAAAGUGUACAUGUUUUUCUUUCUUAGGUAAAGAACUGAAUUAAAGAAAUUAGUUGGAUCAAUAAUUAAUUGUUAUCUAAGUAAGUGUGGAAGGUCUCAAAAUACAAGUCUCUUCAUAUUUUCUUAUGAAGUCAUCCAUUGGUCCAUAUUGAAUGCAGAUAUAUCAAGUGCAGAAUGCAGGAAAAAUGAAAGAUUGCAAAAGAAUUCAAAGAAAAACAAAACAGUGAGCUUGUAGAAAUGUGGAAAUGAUUUUAUUGAGUCCACAUUUUGUAUUCCGACAUUUGAUAUGAAAUUAUCGACAAUAAAUGCUGCAAAAAAUCAGGAAAAACAGUUGUAUAGUCUAAAUUGCCACUUAGCAAAUAAAAAGGCAUGAAGAGAUAGAAGGAAGUGAAGCAAAUAAGGUGCUCCUGUAUAACGCAUAAAAGAUUCUACCACAAAAAAAUUUUAUUAAGCCGAAUGGAGAGACCGACAUCCCCUGGUUUACAGUUCACUGGAUGUUUAGUGGAAAGUUUUUUAAAUCAGUGCAUGUGGGAUGAUGUUUCAGCAUUUC